AACGCAGCACGUUUUGCCCGCACGGUGGCCCUGACUUUCGCGCUGAUAAUCUGUCUCUCUGUCUUGGUGUACAUAUAGUGCGUGGGUGUGAAGUGCAUUCUAUCGACCACGGCCAAUUAUGGAGCCCGGGCCAGUUGCGGGGGCAUUAUGCAAACUGAGGAAGUCGUGCCCUGCGCGCAAUCGACGAGGUUAGAAGAUUUGGCAACGACAGAACGUCUUCAACAACAGCAACCAGCAUCGCUUCGCUUUUGUCCAGCGGUGCAAUCAUUUCACUUGCCUUAUAAUCCACUCGUGAGCAUGGCUGUGAAGCAAGAACCACAGGAACACGAGGACGAACGUGCACGACAGUCCAGCACGCUCAGCGCGCAAACCGAGCAUGAAGACGUACCGAUUGAGCAGCACAAGUGCCAAAGCACAGCUGCUAGCGAACAGUCCAGUCCCGAGUUCGAGGUGCCGUCAGUCGUUCCAGCCACGGUGGCUUGCCAGCAGAAUGGUUGCAAGAAACUACCCAGCGGUACCUGCAGAAAAUCCCGCUGGAAGCUCAAGUUUCACCACCAGGCUUUGCCAUCCGAGUACUUGGAUCACUACGAAGCAGCUCUAGCUCAGGAAGCAGCGUUUAACUCGGUAGCCCCCACAACGGAAUCUCGAGUGGCAAGUCCUUUACCACCACAACCAUUACCACCACAAGUUUCACCAUCAGUGAAUGUCGACGUGCAAUCGUGGUUACAAAGACUCGCAGCGAUGCAGAGUGAAUUAUACUCGGUACCAGUGCAAUCUCAACCACAAGUAGCUUCGUCGAGAAGAUCGGUCAUAACAUCAACGCAGCAUGUGCAGCAACAACCGAGGCCACCGAUGAAAUAUUCGGAUCUACCUUACAUGGGUGAAAUCACACUUGAUAAUAGCAAACCAAGGCGAGGAAGAAAACCGAAGAAGGCUGACAUUUGCCACUUGAUUUACAAGAAUUACGGGACAAUUUUGCCGGGAACACCUGGUUUAGAGGAUAGAUCGAAGUUGCCGCAGGAGAGGAUCGACGUUAGUAAAGAGCCUACGCCAGUGGCGACUGCAGUUUCCGCAUUACAACGUACGGAUAUACAGAAUAGAAUCAGUAGUUUGCUAGAAAAACGAUUGACGCAGGAUCGACGUGCUUUGGAGUCGGUCGAGCAGGAAGAGCCGAUGAAUCUCUGCAUCAGAGAUUUAAACUUGCUGAAGAUAAGAUUAGGCGAUAGACAGCAGUCGAGUGCGUUUGGUUCUUGUAAUUCGAAAAGUGACGGUUCAAGUGAUCCUGAAGAUGUUGAAUAUCUUGGACCUACGGAACACGAUCAGGAGUCUAAAAGUGCCGAAAAUAAUAGUCAGACGUUUGGCAGUAAUGAGAACAGCGAGAGUAAUGGUGUUAUCGAAAACUCAACGUCUAAAGUUAAUCCUAACUUGCUUUACUGGCCCAACACCAACGUAUUCCUUCAUCCUGUGGCUCUGCAAUCACAGUUUAUGUAUUAUCAGAAACUAGCUCAAGAGAAGGGUUUACCACCGAAUCCUGAGGCAUCGAAAGAUCAACAGGUUCAGCAGCAGCAACAUCAGCAACAUCAUCAUCAUCAGCAGCAGCAGCUGCAGCAGCAGCAGCAGCAGCAGCAGCAUCAGCAGCAUCAGCAGCAUCAGCAGCAACAUCAGCAGCACCAGCACCAGCACCAGCACCAGCACCAGAGGAUCGUACCAAAAUCGAUAUACUCGAUGUUGGAAACGCAUAAAUCAACGGAACCAGUUCAAGAACAAAGUAUGUUGUCACCAAGACCAAAACGAAACUCAACGUCGUCGAGUCAGUCACAAUCGCAGCCGAUGAAGCGUAAACGCUCAGCAAUCUUUAUCCCACCAAUGCCUACCGAGAAUAACAACAAUCCUGCAACUGAAGUUAGUAUUUGUAAGUUCAAAUUUACUGGUGGCGCCAAGCCAAGUUUGCAGGAGAAGAAAAGUUUGUCCGUAGAUUCGGGUGGUAAUUUUCGUUACUACAGUGGCACCGGUGACAAGAGUAUGCGAGGUUAUGAGUUUUUUCCUCGAGAGGCACUGCAGCAACCAGCCAAUCAACCAACCAAUAACACUGGGGUGUUUUUAAAGGCGACUGCCGAGAGAAUUCAACCAGCAAUGACACCAUGCCCAAGACCGGUAUCGGUGUGCUCAACAGACGACAGUCGUAGUAGAAAGAGGAAGACUAGAAAAAGUAUGCAAAGGGAGAAACUCGAGCAGACUUUUAAAGAAAAAGGGUUUCUCAUUCAGACUCAACAACUGGAGUCUGCAGAGGGUGCCACUUACUGUAAGUUUCGUCAGUUACGGAAAUUCACGAGAUAUCUGUUCCGUAGUUGGAAGGAUUAUUUACCUGGUGAAUUGACGGAAUCAGAUGCUGCUGCUGCUCAAGCUGCGGCGAAUGAGCUGCAACAAAAUUUCAUCGAGCCAAGUUUUAACUGACCUGCAUUUAAUGUGCGGUGCGCGCGCAAUGCAUUGUGUAUAUAUUUUGCAAUUGUGCAGUGACAGCUAUUGUUGAGCCGUGAAUCUUAAAGUGUUGUACACACACACACACACACACACACACACACACACACACACACACACACACACACACACACACACACACACACACACAUGCUGAAAGAAUGUGUAUGUUAUGCUUGUUAUUAUUUGAGCAGAUGAGAUGUGUCAUUACAAAUGGGAAAUUGUAAAUAUUAUCUUUUAAAAACGUUCGAUUAUGCGGGCAUGCGAAAGCUCAUUUAUUCUUUCAUGUUUUUUACUAAAAACGAUAUUUUUUAUUUUUUCGCAUCGCAUUCAGUGCAUUGUUUAUCGUUGUAUUUUAAUAAUUAAUCGUGGUCUUCGCGCACUUUGUAAAUAAAUUCGUGUAAAUAUAUAUAAGCCUACGUUAUAAUGUGUGAGUGACAAUGAUAAACUUAGAAAUGAAACAAGUGCAUUUUUCUUGAAAUGAGUGUAAUUAAAUGCCGUGCCAAAGACAAGAGACUGUUGUGUUGAGAAUUUUCGAAAGUGUGUUCACCAAAGAGAUACAUAUGUGUUUUAUUUGUAUAUAUUAAACAAUAGGAGCGUCUAUGCAAGAGAGCGACCGAAAGAACGAAUAAAAUCUAGUCCCCGUUUGUACUUUGUUAAAACAAAGCCGUUUCUCAAGUGCUUGAUGGAUUCAAUGAUGUAUCAAGGAUAUGUAAAUGGGCUUUUAUUUUCUAUAAAUAUAUAUACGCGCGAAAAAUCGAUAAAUUAACCGAUGGUUUGCAAUAAAACACU